GGGAUUCCAAGCACACAAACAAUCAUCCACUCCAUUGACUCCAAACCAGACUCUUCCAUCGACUUCAACACACACCACGCAAAUCAAGCCACAGCCAUGCGAUCAUUCUCAGUCUUCCUCAUCUCCCUCUUGGGAGGAGCAGCAAUGGUGUCUGCCGAGUGCUGCUCGAGCCCCGCUUACUGCCUCGACGGAAGGGAGAGCUCCAUAUGGGAUUGCUGCGCGUACGGUUCUUGCAAUAUCUUCUGUUGCAACUGUGACGGUGGCUGUAUAACAGGCCCGGCCAAGCGAUCUUGGGAAGAUUGGGCCAAUCACGGUCCCGGCCACCUUCCUGGCCUCUCUGACGCAAGCUCGGACUGUGGACUGACACGCGACGACAACCAGUGCGUGCUCGACAAGAUCGCUGAAUUGGACACCGACCAUGACGGAAAGGUCACUUUGGCUAACAUCCUUGCGAACCCGGAUGUUGUCAGACCUGGACUAUCUGAGUCUGGUCUCAGCCUUGCCGAGAUCGUGGGUAACUUGACAAAGCUCUUCGAAAUCUUUGACACGAGUGAAGAUGGAUAUCUGGUGUACGAUGAGGCCAAUACUCCCCAGCCCGCCAAAAUCUAGAAGAAGCCAAGAAUCAACUCAGAAUACACUGCAGCAUUGGUGGAGCGGAGAACAGGUUGAAUAAGAGGGACGUAUCCUAUUUAAUGGAGGGACGUAUGGGGUUGCAGGAUUUGCAGAGCUGUCGUCACUGGAGGAGUACGGGGCUAUGUUGCAUGUCAUAUGGGGUCGGUCAAUCAAUACUUUGGUCUAUGGGCAGCAACGACUCUUGAGUCGACGUAGCGACACAACCAAGGCAGCAUUUAGUUGUAUAUGCGCUCAUAACCCUAGAUGGACUGACGCCCGUGUUCAUUAAUCAAUAAUCAAGGAAUCUCAAAUGAAAAA